AUGACGACGGCGGCAGCUGCCCAUGCUCCACUGCGGCAAGCUCGUGCUGCUGUUGCUGAUGUGACUACAAGCUGUGGCCCAUGGCUGGUGUACGGAAUGGAAAAGAUGAAGAUUACAGUCUGGAAGAAAAGAGAUGGUCUAUUUCCUCAUAGAAAAGGGAACCGGAACUACAAGAGCGUGAAGGUGGCGGCGAAGAGGCUGGAAGAAGCGGCGCUCACCUACAAAGGGGACGAGCGGGUGCAGCUGCUGCGCCGGUGGCUCGUCGCGCUCAAGGAGACCCAACGCGCGACCAAGGCGGUGCGGGAGCCGCAACUUGGGGACAAUACGGACCAGACCGCGCCCCUGCUGGAUCUGUACAUCGAUUACGAGAGCAGCGCGGAGCCGAGGAACUUUCUCCAUGUCUUCCUCUACAGCCAAGCCCUCGAGUGUGUUGUUCUCUCCUUGAUUAGGGAAGCCCCAACUGAGGAAGAAGUUUCAUUGAUCUCAGAAGUUUUUGGAAUGUGCCUUUCGGGAGGGAAGGAUGUGCACAAUGCACUCUUGAGUAGUUUAAAGGACCUGGCAAGAUUAUUCUCAAGUUAUAGUGACGAAGUGUUGGCAAAACGUGAUGAGCUGCUUGAGUUUGCUCAGACUGCGGUCGCAGGGCUAAAGAUAAACGCUGACAUUGCAAGAUUAGAUAAUGAAAUUACUCAGUUGCAACAGCAGAUAAAUUCAAUGGAUGCUCUUCGUGCUACAUCAACCGGCAAUCAGAAUAAAAAAUCUCAAACAACCACUGAGGGUUUCAAAAAGGCAGUUUCUGAGGUCGAUAAACUGAAGGUUUUGUCUGAAUCCCUUGCAAAUUCAUCUGCAAAAGCAGAAAAACGUAUCAUGGAAAAUAGGCUACAAAAGGAAGAAUCUCUUAUCUUCCGUGUCACCAAAACAAAUGAAAUUAGUGGUGUAGAAAAGGUGAAUACUCAAUUGAAAGUAGCUACAGUGAAGCUUAAAAAAACUAGAGAGGAACGCGACCAAUUUGAUGAAGCCAGCAAUCAGAUUGUGUUGCACCUAAAAACAAAGGAAGAUGAACUUUCAAGAUCCAUAGCUUCAUGUAAAGUAGAAGCAAGCACUGUCAGUGCAUGGAUCAGCUUUUUGAAAGAUACAUGGAAAUUGCAGUCCUUGUUUGAAGAGCUAAGGGAAAAGCAGGCCAAUGAAGAAUUGGAUAGAUGUGGACUCUGCUUUGCGAAAUUGAUGAAGUAUCAUGUUUCUGCAUGCAUGGAAGAGCUAAGCACUUCUAUUGACUGUAUCAAAACCUUUGUUGAUAACUUGAAAAUAUUUGGUGACAGAUCCGUGUCAGCAGAGGAUGGAGCUAAUGGUCCGUCUAAGCAAUCAGACCCUUGUAAAUACCUUGAGGAAGAAUAUCUCCAAACUGAGAAAAAGGUCGUAGCUGCAUUCAGUUUGGUUGAUAGUAUCAGAGCAAUAUAUUCUUCUAACCAGGAUUACUAUAAAACGAGAAGGGAUGAUCCUGAGGUAAAAAAUCUGUUUACGACCAUUGACAAGCUGCGCAUCGAGUUCGAAUCGGUGCCACGUCCAGUGCUUCAAAUUGAGAUCAAAGAACAGGCAGAGAAAAAGAAACGAUCCCGUUCCUUGAUAGUGUCCGCGUCACCCCAUUCGAGAAGCGACUCCCCGAUCGCGGCUCAGCUCAGGACACGGCUGCCGUCAGAGUCCGAAUCGGAGCUGGCCAAGUUCGAGCUUGAAUACAAGGCCGACGAGAUCAGCGGGUGGGAGUUCGAUGACCUCGAGGACGAACCAAGACCUGGCUUCGUAUGA